CCGUGAAAGUCUCUUCAGCAUCUCCUUUCUUGCCUCUGUUGUAUUCAAAUCCACUAUAUUUUUUGUAUCUUUUCUUCUCUAAUUUCCAUUCACGAUUGUUUUCUUUUAUUGCACCUGGAAAAUAUGAAGGAAAACUUGAUGAAUAACCCUCUGCAAAUCGAGUCUUUGAAUCACAUCUCGAUUGUUUGUAGAUCACUUGAGAAAUCCCUUGACUUUUACCAAAACAUUCUUGGGUUCUUUCCUAUCAGGAGGCCUGGCUCCUUUGACUUUGAUGGCGCCUGGUUGUUCAGCUAUGGCAUUGGCAUACACUUACUGCAAUCUGAAGAUCUUGACAAGAUGCCCAAGAUUAGCCAAAUAAAUCCCAAGGACAACCACAUCUCUUUCCAAUGUGAGAACAUGGCAAUAGUGGAGAAAAAAUUGAAGGAUAUGAAGAUAGAGUACGUGAAGGGAAAGGUAGAAGAAGGUGGUAUGCAUGUCGAUCAGCUUUUUUUCCAUGACCCAGAUGGCUUCAUGAUCGAAAUUUGCAACUGUGAUGUUCUCCUUGUCAUUCCACUUGCUGGGGAUGCCAUUCUAUCAUGCUCACUCAUAAACUGCAACAUCCAACAGCAGCAGAAACAACAGAUUCAAGACUCAAGAGGUUAUGCCGAGUCUACCUAAUAUUCACAUGCAGGAAGAUUUUCUUCCUAGUGCAUGACAUCUAAAACUUGCAUAGUUAAUGUUAUGAGAUGAGUACUAAACCAUUAAAUUAUUGUUUCAACGGUAAGAAAUUACUCAAAAUAUCAAUGAAGAGCACAAAGAAAAACUGAAUUUGGAUUUAAAAAUGGCAAACUAAAUGGAGGACCACCUGCUGCUAGUAGUAGUAAGUCCACAAGCAUAUGCAUGUAUCUUGCUUUUUGUCUGCUAAUAUCAGAACAUGAAUUCAAGUGAUA